AUCAUGUCUUAUGUCUUACAGGUGUGACUGAUCAUGUCUUAUGUCUUACAGGUGUGACUGAUCAUGUCUUAUGUCUUACAGGUGUGACUGAUCAUGUCUUAUGUCUUACAGGUGUCCGCUGUGGGAAGUGAUGACGUCCUCUACCUCACACCGCUACCCAGGAGUCCGUGGAUUAUGAUUGGGCAAACGGACCCGGUGUCCAGCCAUCCAUGGAGCCUAAAUGACAUGAUGUUGGUAUCGGGAUCGGAGAGACGCGCCGAGCUAGCAGCGCACAGGAGCGGCACGUAAGAUACUAUCAGCAUAGCUAGGGGUAUGCGUGGCACGGUGAAGCAGGGGACCGGGGGUGCUGGGGGGGUCAAGGAUGAGGGUGGUGGUGGAGUCAAAACGGGAAAUAGUGGAGGGAGGCGGAGUAAAGCCAACAACACCCACACUGCCCCCCUCCCUACACCCACCAUCAAACAAGAAGUAGGUGCAGAGGUAAAGCCCGACCCCGACGCUGCCACUGCCACUACGCCCUGUCUCAAUGGAGAUGACCUUGCCUCCAAGACUGCACCAGUCUGCCCCGGCAACAACAACAACACCACAAACGCAAAUAAUAAUAAUAACAAAGGAGCUACUGCUAAGGUUAAAACGGAAAUAGCUAAUGGAGGUCCAGAGGGUGAUACAAAACUCAGCACGACGUCCACUGCCACCACCACUACCACUGUCACCACCACCACCACCACAACUACCUCCACCACCACUACCACCACUCCACCACACAGUAGUGAAGGUUGUAACGUUAUUGGUGAUGGUGACGGGGCUAAAGUGGCGGGUUUCUGCGCUGGAGUUGGCAGCCUGGACGGGGCCUCCUUACCCCAGCUCCAUACAGCAGAUGGAGGGGAUGGGAGUGGCAUGGUCCCAGGCAUGGGCAGCAUGGGGGUCAAGGGCGGAUCAGGGGCUGGAGUGUCAACAAGUGACGCGCAGUACAUGCAGCAACAGAGCCAGAUCUUCGUCUUCACAACCCUCUUGGCCAACAAAGCUGCUGAGGCUGUUAUACAAGGGUCCUUCAAUAAUAUUAUUGCCUUUCAUUGUGCUCAACCGGGCACUAAAAAACUGCUUGAGAAACACCCUCUUAAGACCACCCAAUUUGUCCGGCACAACCCUGCACACUGGUUGAACACCAUUGUCGUGAAAGGCAACAAAGGAGGCCACAUGAAGGGACCCAUGGCUCCUAAUGGCCCAAUGAUGGCCAAUGGACCAAUGGGACCUAGUGGACCCAUGGUACCAUGUGGACAUAUGGGACCUGGCGGACAUGGUGGUGAGAUGGGACACAUGGGUGAUGGGCCUACCAGUAUGAUGGGUCAUGGAGACAUGGGCAGCCCAGGAAUGAUGGGCCCAGGAUGCCCUGGUGGUAUGAUGGGCCCAGGACACAAUGGGGGACCUGGGAUGAUGGGACCAAGAGGACCAGGCAUGAUGGGCCCUGGUGGCCCCGAGGGACCUGGGAUGCCAGGACCUGGGGGCCAGAUGAUGAUGCCUAUGAUGGGACACAAUGGACAGAGAGUGCAAGGUGCCCCAGCAGGUGUUAAAGUACCAGAUGACCACCUCACACCAGAGCAACGACAACAUCGAGAAGAACAGAUGGCUCGAAUACGUCACAUGCAGGCACUACUUCUACCAGAAUUACAUUCUCCAAGCCAGGGUGACAAUGGCCAUCCCGGAAACCAGACUCCUUGCUCUACUGGCCAAAGUGGACCUAAUAUGAUGCCAUGUUCACAAAGUCAAGCACCAUCAGUGUCACAAGGCUCCCAGUCAGGCCCAUCCUGUUCCCAGGUCACUUCUGUCAGUUGUAUGGGGCCCUCUCCGGUUACUGGGAUGGGACCAUCUCCUGGUAUGGGUCCAAGUCCAAACAUGGGACCCUCACCUGGAAUGGGGCCUAGUCCAGGCAUGGGCCCAAGCCCUGGCAUGCCAAAUACUAGUAUGGGUCCAGGGCCAGGCAUGGGUCCCAGCAUGGGUCCUGGGCCUGGAAUGGGUAUGUCACCGGGUAUGAUGGGUCCAGGAGGCCCCAAUUCAAUGGUGUCCCAGAGUGGAGUAAUGAUGGGUCAGGGCCCCAUGGGUAAUAACAUCAUGAUGACCUCGCAAGCUAGCAUGAUGGGUGGGCCAAUGGGUCCAGGUGUCCCAACCAUGAGAAUGGGUCCUGGUGGGCCUCAGUCUAUGAUGAUGGCUGGACCUAACCCUGCUUCAUCCUUGGCAGCUCAAGCUGAAUGGCAAAGAUUGCAAGCAGAAUUCUUUGAAAGCAAGAGAGAAAAAGGUGGUCCAGGAUGUCCUGAUGGUUCCAUGGGACCAAUGGGUCAUAUGGGGCCAAUGGGUCCUGGAGGUCCUAUGGGUCCAAUGGGUCCAGGUGGACCAAUGGGACCAGGUGGUCCAAUGGGUCCAGGUGGACCAAUGGGACCAGGUGGUCCAAUGGGACCAGGUGGUCCAAUGGGUCCAGGUGGUCCAAUGGGUCCAGGUCCUAUGGGUCCCAUGGGUCCAGGAGGGCCUAUGGGACCAGGGGGUCCUAUGGGUAUGGGUAAUCACAUGGUUGGGGGACCUAUGAUGCCAGGCUCAAUGGGUGGUAAUAUGGGUCCUGCUGGUAUGCGCCCCAUGGUACCUGGCGGACGCAUACAGGGGCCACCUCCCCCAUAUCAUGGUCCUCGUCCUGUUGGCAAUGGCCCUUUGCCAUCUCCAGGAUCACCAUCUAUGUGUGCCAUGACAUCUCCUCGUAUGCCGGGAGGAGGACCAGGAGGAGGGCCAGGAAUGAGAAUGGCCGGGCCAGGAGAUUCUCCACGGCCGCUAAACCCAAGUAACCCAACCACUCCUGUUAGUGGGCCUCCAAUCACUAGCCCAUCACUACCACAGAAGGACCAGCAGCCACACACACCACAGUCAAGUGACACAUCCUUCGGAAGACAGUUACAAACUUUGGCUCAACAAAAACAUCAACAGCCAGGAGGACAACAACAACAACAAGGCGGGAAAGAACCUAAUCUUAUGCCAGUCCCAUCACCCCAGCAGAUACAAUACCUCAGUACCUUUGAGGGUCAAGAGUUGACCAUUCAAAAACAGCCAAACACCAGCCUUCGUGAUUCUGAUAUUAUGUCACCGUUGGGAGACACCAGUGUAGGUGAUGGGAGUAGAGUAUCUGGUCCAGGUACUCCUUUGGGUGGUCCCACUACUCCUCUCACCCCAUCUUCUGAGCCACCACCACGGUUCACAGGUCCAAACACACCAGAUCGCUUCCCUGUGCCAUCACCAGGAAUGCCAGUGCCCUCUGCACCCCACACUCCUCAAGCAACUCCAGAAAAUAAGGGGUCUCAACAACGGUACACUGGUCCAUCUCCACAGGCACAAGCUCAGUCAAACAACUCUAGUGCCACCACUACCCCUACCAACAACAAUAGCAAUAAUAGUAGUAGCAACAACAGUAACAGCAACAGUAAUAAUAAUAGUAAUAAUAGUAAUAGUAAUAACAAUAACAGUAAUACCAACAACAGUAAUAACAGUAGUAGUCAAGGUGGCCCCAAGACACCAUCAAUGGACUCAAGAUUCCCAGUGCCGUCACCUAAGACUCCUAGCAUGUGCAGUGGUCCAACCACGCCGAGUGGGCCAGACAGCAUUCCACGAUUCCCAGGAGCUUCUCCUCUACAGUCUGGUGGAGCAGCAGGUCCAGGAGACAUGACCCCCAUUGGAGCUCGAUUCCCUGGACCAGUGGGUGGACCCACACCACCAUCAGGGAAUACCAACAAUCAGAUGAUGGGCAAGAUGAGUAGUGGGUUCUCCAUGUCUCCAGGCAAGUUGGCAACUAUGGAUAUGGCAGGAGAUUUCCAUAAUCCAACAGCAGCCAACUUGCCACUAAACCCCAACUGUAGCACUCCUGGUGGUCUGCCUGUUUCUGGCCCUGGCAAGGUGUUUGACCCCAUCUCCUCCAUGGCUCAAAUGAGUCAGCAACUCACUUCUGGAGCUUCUGGUUCCUCACCUCCUGUGUCUUCUGCACCCACACCCACCAUGCCUACUGGGACAGGACCUACUAUGGGUGCAGGGGGCCCAUCAGGCCCUAGUGGUCCUAACAUGCCUAGUGGUCCUGGCAUGCCUGGUGUACCAGGACUACCUGGUGGACCUGGAUUGCCUGGUGGACCUGGAUUGCCUGGUGGACCUGGAUUGCCUGGUGGACCUGGAUUACCUGGUGGACCUGGACUGCCUGGUGGACCUAACAUGUCUUGUGGACCUGGAAUACCCACAGGACCCAAUAUGCCAGGACCUGGAAUGCAUGGAGGUCCAACUAUGUCAGGAGGACCCGGUAUGUCAGGAGGACCCGGAAUGUCAGGACCUGGAAUGCCAGGACCUGGAAUGCCAGGAGGACCUGGAGGUAACAUGAUGGAUGGUCCUGGGAACAUGAUGGGUAUGCCUCCAGUGUCGUCCAGUCCAGGCAUGAUGCAGAGCCACGGAGCCAUCACUUCUCCGGCGUGUAGUGGUGGUGGUCCAAGAGGAACCUCUCCUAGUAAUAUGUCCAUGAUGGGUGGACCCAACACUCGAAUGGUUGGUCCAAACAGCAUGGUACGACCUCCUGCUCCCAACUGUACUAUGGCUGGGCCUUAUCCUGGUGCAAAUGUGCAAGUGAAACCCAGUGCUCCAAAUACUAUUCAGUACCUGCCAGCUAGACCCCAGAACACUGGAAAUGGUCCCAGAGGACCUCCAAGCUUAGACUUUUUACCAAGAUUUAAUAAUCCUAAUGUGGACAAUAAAGUGCCCAAUUCACCCAUGUUCCCUAACAGUAGUACGCCUAAUUCUAUGUGUGGGUCCAAUGUGCCAAUGUCGACUAUGGCCAUGAGUGGGCCAUGUGGGCCAAUGACUGGACAUAUGACUGGACCUAUGAAUGGGCCAGGUGGACCAAUGGGUGGCCCAAAUGGACCAAUGGGUGGCCCAGGUGGACCUAUGUGUACUAUGGCUGGGCCUAAUGGACCUAUGGUGACUAUGAAUAAUAAUAUGAAUAGCAUGAGUGGACAUAAUGGACAUUUCCCCAUGUCUGGACCAGGUGGCCCCAUGGCAGGCCCCAGUGGUCCAAUGGCUAUGGGUCCAAAUGGUCCAAUGGGUGGUCAUAUGGGAGGGCCAGGUGGGAUGAGUGGACACAGUGGGCCCAUGAUGGGCCCUAAUGGGCCCAUGGGUGGACCAAGUGGACCCAUGAUGGGACCUAAUGGACCAAUGGGGAUGAAUCCUAACAUGAUGGGUGCGGGAGCCAUGGGUCCUGCAAGUCAAAUGAUGGGACCUCGUGGUGGGGCAGCCAUGAUGCGUGGACCAAGUCCUGGUGGUAUGAUGGGAGGUAUGGGUAGUGAUAUGUAUCCCAUGGGAGGACCUGGACCUAAUAUGAGUGGGGGCCCAAUGCCCACAGGCCCUGGUCCCAAUCCUGGCGGCCCCAAUCAAAUGCUAAGUGGUUCAGGCCCCAUGUAUGGACCGAAGACUUCUCCUGUGGGCAUGAACAUGGGUGGACCAAUGGGUGGAGCACCAGACACAGCCCAGCCUCUUCCGCCAUCUAUGGGGCAGUCUGGUACUUUCAAGAAUUCUCCAUUCAUGGGUCCCACCACUGCCGACCCAACGUAUGCCGCCCAGUUCCACAGCUUCCAGCAGCAGCUGUAUGCCACCAACACCCGUGGGGGCCCCAGCAUGCCCAUGCCUGGAUCCAUGGGUGGCCCUGGUGGACCAGGAGGACCUGUUGUAACAGGGCCACCAGGAGGGCCAGGCAUGCCUGGCCCUGGGCCUAUGCCUGGCCAGAGCUUCCCAUUUAACCCCAAGUGAGGUGUGGGGAAAACUACCUCACAGGUGACCUGGUGCUAGCAGCUGCCGCCCAGCACACUCACCACUAUGCAACUCUACCCCUCCCUUCACCCCUGCUGGCCACCAGUGGUGGUGGUUGUGACGGUGGUGGUGAUCCUGCUCAAGUGUGGUGGUGGUGGUGGUGGUGGCGUGCCCCCCUCCCCCGCGGCCCCUCGCCCCCCUGACCAGUGACCCGUGGCGGGUGUGAGGGUCGCCCCUCCCCACCCACCCGUGUGCCCGUCCAGUGGUGGGGUUGCCCCCCUACCCCGCACAGUCCACUCAGUUCUCACUUUUCAGGGCAACUUGUAAGUUUGUAGUUUCAAUACUGUUAAUGGGGUGCUUUGUAGUGUAAGUUAUUCUUGCUCUGUUCACCUAUCUGUCCUUCAGUGGUUGUUGACUGCUUGAAGAUUUAUUGCCAGUGCAGUGCUGUGGUGGAACAAAGGUGGUGUGACCCGGCUCAGAUGUGUGGUGCCUGGCGUGGGAUGGCCCAGCUCAUGUGCAGUGUCUGGCGUGGUGGCCCAGGCAGCAAGUGGUAUGAGCCGGCCUCCUGUUUGCCACACGUCGCUCAAGUACUGACUAGACUUGCCAGUUGUUCAGGUGCCCCAUCAGGCAGCCCACAGUGGUAGUGGUGUUGCUCAGUGGCACAGCCAGUGUCAACCGCCAGUGCUGUGUGACGGUGCAGCUAAAAAACUUCGUUACUGUUGUUUUACUGAAAUAGUUAAUUUCCUAAACUGACAAUCAGUCUUGUUGUCAUAUAUGUGUGUGGGGGAGAUUUUGAUUUUCCUUUUGUGGAGUUGUGCUGUAUCAUGAGUUAUGUGACAGUAAAUGAUAUAGAAGGCAGGAUUGCCGUGGUCAUUUCCAGCAUAAAAUGCGUCAAGGAAGGUGCUUUUUAAGUCUGCCCCGCUGCACUGGUUGAUCAAAAUGUCUACUAUGACAUCAGCAUUGUACAAAUUGUUGAGCCCUCUCUCAUGCCACACUUACAUCCACUGCAAUGCAAUAUUCAUGGAUGCAGCUGCUUAAUGAUGAAAGUGAUUUUUUUAUGGAUGUUAAACUCCUGGUUAAGUUCAUCCCUUGAAAUGGUGAAUAUUUGUAUGAUCCCUUCUUUGUAUCAUUGUAAAGUUUGUAUUAUAUGUAAGUUUUUGUGUUUUCCCUUUUUGUUGUUUUUUAAGGUCACACUUCUGAAGCUACGGGCCGACCCUGAUGUUUUGGCAGUAUUUUAGAAUGUAACUUGAAGGAUGUGAACAUUUUUAUUAUUGACAAAUUUUACAUAAAAUAAUUUUACAAGAAA